ACUUCGUGUCUGAGAAUUCAGUGCCGCAGAGCGAUGCUAAGGAGCCGUGUGUAAUUCGCGACGCGGUCCUCCUGUUAUUAGUUUACCUCAGUUUUAAUUUGUUAUAUUUAUUGUUAUUUAUGUAUUAUCUCGGUUGUUUCGGUUGUAGGUAAACGCUAUGUUUCUCGUAGACUUCGUACCUUGUACCUAGUGUGUGUUCAUCCGCGCCUUACGAUCCCGUAUGUAGUUUUUAAGUGACACCGUGCUCCCUCUUGUAAUUAUCUCAUGAUACUUACCUGUGCUCGCUAGUGAUAAAGCUCUUCGCGGUCCAAGUUGACCAAUUCGUCGGCCCCUGCAGUAAUGAAGUUCGUGUAGGUGAAGGGAUUAGGUGCCUCCUGCAUCCUAAUUUCCUCGUUCGUAGUUCGAGUGAUUCUGUGUUCGGCUGCAACGCAGCAUAUCUGCUCCAUCUUCUCACCUCUCAGGUGUAUCCCCAAGUAAACACAGCAGUGUAUUAACUCUGUAGUGCCUUCGUAAUAAUUCAUCAACGAUGGCUUUGAAUCAAGACGAUUCAAAGAACAACCUCAUGGUUAGGAUGGAUCAGAAUUCAGAGACAGAGCUUCAAAAGUUGUUUGAUACCGUGCUAAAACCAGACGCUAAAAUACCCCUUCAAUUGCCAUUGCGUAUGCGUAAACUGCCACCCUCAUUUUUCAACCCGCCAUCUACAGGCUCAAAGUCACCGUCGGUCUCGUCUAUUUCACACUCUCGUGAAAACUCGGCAGACUCCGCGUUCGGCACGACCACAAUAACUACAUCGACUAGUUUGCAAGUGAAUCACCCGCGUGCACACUCUUCACCGGCAUCUCUACAGCAAACAUAUGCCUCUGCGCAACAGGCGGAGGCACAACAGAAGCAGCAGCAUCAGAAUCUUCAUCUGAAACAGCGCAGCUAUGACGUGACAAAUCAGACUGUUGAUGACCUGGGACCUUUGCCACCCGGCUGGGAACAAGCCAAGACCUCAGAAGGGCAAAUUUACUUCUUAAAGUAAGUCAUAGUAUUUCUCUCUUACCCG